ACCCACUACCGAACCCUCUUAAGUUCUUAACAAACUUUUCCUUUUCUCUGUAGAUGCGAAGGUCUUUGUGGCUGGUCAGCUCUCAGCGCAAUAAAUUUGCUCGUUUCCAUGGCCGACGUCGCUUCUUGCAAUCCUCUCCAUUCUACAAGACCCACCAUUCGGGUUUUGGCAAGCUACAAAACUUAGCAGUUCACUCUUCACCUUCCAAUUUCCUUCCCAACUUCACCGGAGAAAAAGCCUCCCGCCGGCAAUGACGCCGACCAGGAUUUUCGCCGGACUGUUCCUUCUCCUCGCCCUCUAUUGCGCCCUCGACCCAUUCAAGCACAGCGCAAUCUCCGAUUUCCCCGAUUACGUUUCCCACCCCGUGGAGAUGCCGCCGUGGUCGCUGGUUCCCACCGAGAGAGAUGAGCUGAACUCGCUGCAGAAGUCGGAAAUCAAGUUCCUGGGUCAAAUUCAAGGCCCCGAGAGCUUGACCUUCGACCCUCUUGGCCGCGGGCCUUACACUGGCAUUGCUGAUGGCAGAGUCGUGUUCUGGAAUGGCGAGAAAUUUGUUGACUUUGCUUACACUUCCAGCAAUAGGUCAGCAAUAUGUGACCCUAAGCCUUCCCCGUUGGGAUACUUGAAGAACGAGCACAUCUGUGGCAGGCCAUUGGGGAUCCGAUUCGAUAAGAAGACCGGUGAUUUGUACAUUGCAGAUGCGUAUUUCGGGCUGAUGAAGGUCGGACCUGAAGGUGGAGUAGCAACAUCGAUUGCUACCGAGGCAGAAGGAGUUCCAUUCGGGUUUACUAAUGAUCUAGACAUUGACCAAGAUGGCAACAUCUACUUCACUGAUAGCAGUACCAAGUACCAGAGAAGGAACUUCAUGCUGCUGGUUUUCUCAGCAGAAAACAGUGGGAGAGUUCUAAAGUACGAUCCAAGCACGAAGAAGGCCUCUGUCCUUGUGAGAAACCUUCAAUUCCCAAAUGGGGUGUCUCUAAGCAAAGAUGGCUCCUUCUUUGUCUUCUGCGAAGGAGCACUCGGCGUAUUGCACAGGUACUGGCUAAAAGGAGAGAAAGCCGGCACUUCAGAGAUACUUGCAGUUUUGCCUGGAUUUCCUGACAACGUCAGGACUAACAAAGACGGCGACUUCUGGGUAGCAAUCAACUGCAGAAGAUCCUACUACAUUAACCUAUGCGCCAAGUUCCCAGCUUUCAGGACAUUCCUGUUGAAGCUCCCGAUUUCAGCCAAGGUUCACUUCCUGCUUCACAUUGGAUGCAGACCACAUGCCUUGGUCGCCAAGUACAGCCCAGAAGGCAAGCUGAUGCAGAUAUUGGAGGAUCGUCAAGGGAAAGUGGUGAAGGCGGUUAGCGAAGUGGAGGAACGAGACGGGAAGCUGUGGAUGGGGAGCGUGUUGAUGCCUUUCGUCGGAGUUUAUAGCUUGGAGUAAGUAGUAAGAUACAGAGAGGGAGUUGAAUGGUAUAGAAUAAGGUUGGUUUGUGUUUGUUCUGCCCCAUAUAGGAACUGAAAAUCUUCUAUUUCCCAGAAUCCUACUAUAAGGACUUGUUUGUCGAAACAGGAAAAAUACAGGGACUAUUGUGUAAAUUACCAUGACCAUGUUUUGAUAGUUGCGUGAAAAACGGGGGAAAAAGGAGGCCGGAUCCGUGCGUGUACAAUAUUAUUAAUUUUUAAAUUUUAAUUCUACCUUUUCCUUAUAAAUCGUGGGCACUAUU